CCGCCCGAGAUCCGACCGCGUCGGCCUUUAGCCAAUUCAUUUUUCCCAGCUGUGGUUUCUAUACAAUGGAAGGAGAUCGCAAAAUAUUUGAUAACAAAUUCGGGAAUAAUAACACUUUCGUUCAGGGCAAUGCAACUAUUAAUCGCCCCGGAGAAAGCUCGCAGCGGCAAGGAAAGAACGACAUUCUAAAGCGUCUCUAUACAUCCCUAUAUAAAGAUCGAAAAGACAGAAAUCCCCCACGAGUACCCGGUACGUGUGACUGGUUUGUGACCCAUGAGGACUUUCAGACUUGGAAUGAGAGUCACUCGUCAGCCAUGCUCUGGGUGUCUGCGGAUCCAGGAUGCGGAAAGUCAGUUCUAGUAAAACACUUGGUCGACUCUGUUAUACAAACUACAGAGUCUAGAACAGUGUGCUACUUCUUCUUCAAGGAUGACUUUCCGGACCAGAAGAAUAUAAUUAGCGCUCUCAGCUGUAUGCUUCGCCAGAUAUUCGUUCAGAAACCCUCUUUGCUGUCCGAUGACAUCCUGAGAAAGUUUCAUUCAGGAGGAGAAACAUUCGCUACUUCAUUCAGCGAGCUUUGGAAACUUCUGAUGCAAGUAGCAGAGAAUAAGAACGCAGGCGAAAUCGUCUGUCUUCUCGAUGCAAUUGACGAAUGCGAGGAUCAGAGUGGCCAGGGAAGAUGCGAACUUCUCAAGGCAUUGUGUACGCUAUACGGAACCGAAGCUAGAAAGCUUUCAAAUAUAAAAUUCCUCCUCACCAGCCGGCCAUAUGUUGGAAUUCAUCGCGGCCUUCAGCCGAUACAGCUGCCAGAACUACCAGUGAUCCGCUUGAGUGGAGAAAGCGAAGAGGAAAUAAAGAAAAUUUCCCUGGAGAUCAAGAUUUAUAUCAACGCCAGGGUCAAAGAUGUAGGAGAACGUCUGCGUCUUUCUCAAGCUGAAUGUGAUCUCCUAUUACAGAAGCUUAUGCACGUUCCCAACAGAACCUACUUAUGGGUAUAUCUAGUCCUCGAUUUCAUUGAGAACAGCAUCAAUGUCAACAUGAUGUUAAUUGAGGCUAUAAAUAUACCUACAACAGUCGACGAAGCAUAUGAGAGAAUACUUUCCAAGAGCUUUGAUACUGAACAAGCUAGAAAGGCAUUGCAUAUCAUUGUUGCAGCAGCACGACCCUUAACUCUUAAGGAGAUGAACUUCGCACUAGCCUUAGAUAAUGGCCACCAGCGAUCCUAUGAUGCCCUCGGUCUAGCACCUGAUGACCGUUUUCGUGAAACUCUACGAAAUAUUUGUGGCCUCUGUGUCGUGGUUGUUGACUCAAAGGUCUAUCUGCUCCACCAGACAGUAAAAGAGUUCCUUGUUAAAGCGGAUGAUAUGCAAACCAUCGGAAGCGAUUGUGGGGAUCUCGGAUGGAAAUUGUCACUAUCCUUACUGGAAUCUCACCGUAUUCUCGCCGAACUCUGCGUCUGGCACCUCCUUGCGGGAUUGACGAUUAUAUCUGGCUCAUCAACCCAACUGAACUGGCAUGAAGCUUUUCUCGACUACUCUGCAAAACAUUGGGCAUCACAUUUCCAUCAGACGCCCAUUGAAAUGCAGUCCAUAAUGACUGAAUCAAUACUGAAGAUUUGUGACGUUACUUCAAUUUGUUGCCACACAUGGUUCAGCAGCUAUUGGACUACUACAAAUACAGAGUUUCCAAUGGGAUUCACAACUCUUAUGAUGGCGUCCUAUUUCGGGUUGAAUUUAGCAGUUAGCAGCUUGCUUACGAUACCUGAUACCGAACUGGAUAUUCAAGAUGGCACAUACAAGCGGACCGCUUUGUCUUGGGCUACAAGAAAUGGCUUCUAUAAAGUUUCUAAGCUUCUGCUCAAAGGCAUCCGGAAAAAGCGAGUCACUCUUAAAUGGCUGCUUAAAAAGGGAGCGAAAGUCAACCUGAAGGACAAAUAUGGCCGAGCCCCAUUGACAUAUGCUAUUUGGAAUGAGGAUGUCCCCCUUAUCCGGCUACUAAUUAAAGCAGGGGCGCAGGCAAACCUGAGAGAUGAACUCGAUGGAACGCCAUUAUCAUAUGCCUUUUGCAACGGAAACGUUCAAAUAAUUGAUCUCCUUGCCAAGGGGAAGCGUGUAGUCGAUAUUGAGAACGAUAUCAACCGGCUAUUGCUUUCUGCGGCAGAAAAAGGGCAUGAGGAAGUAAUGUCUCUACUACUCAAGACGAAUAGAGCAAAUAUUGAGGCCCGAGAUGUACAUGGCCAGAAACCUCUUAUAAUUGCUGCUAAUGGCCACCAAUGGGCAAUAGUGAGACUAUUGAUCGAGGCUGGAGCAGACAUAGAGGCUCGAGACAAAUACGGCCAGACACCUUUACUCUUUGCCUCUCGGAAUGGCCAUGAAGCAAUAGUGACAUUACUGCUUGAGGCAGGAGCAGAUGUAAAUGCUCAUGGAAACAACUGCCUAACAGCUUUAAUCUAUGCUUCUUUGAAUGGCAAUAAAGCAAUAGUGAAAUUGCUGCUCAAUGCAGGAGCAGAUAUAGGGUUUUGUAAUGAAUUUGGCCAGAGUGCUUUAAUGAUAGCCUCUCUAGGACAUCGUAAAGGAAUAGCGAAAUUGCUACGUGAGGUAGCAGCGAGCCGAUCAUAA